GAUCCAUAAAUUUCAACCCUAAUCCCAUACAUCAUUCUCUUCGCACUCUCGAAUUUGCAAGGAUCUGUUUCCAGCUCCGGCUUCACUUUCGCGAAGGCUCGAUUGGGUACUCAAGCUGUAAUCUUUCUGAAGGUAAUCUCCAAAAGUGAUUAGGGUUUCAUUUCACCCGGGUGAAAUAUGCAUAGAGGUUGAAGAAGCUGGUAAAGGGUUUUAUAGUUCAGAUAGUGAGGGUAUAGAAAUGUAGUACCAGUUCAUGUCCAAGAGAAUCAGUAGAUAAAACAAGUGUAUAUGAACACACUAAGGGAUGACAAGCGCUUGGACAAAAAUGAGCUUUGCAAUCAAACAUAGGAAUAUAGAGUGGGAGUGGGAGAAUCGGGGUGGAGUUGUGGUUAUUUUUUUAAAUAAUUGGAGAUUCUUCCUCACUCUCAGAAGGUGUGUAUGCCUGCUAGUGUUCUGGAAAGGAUGAGGAGAUCAAAUUUAUUUUCAAUAUUGUUAUUGCUUUGGAGCAUCUUGGAGCAAAUGAGCAAUGGAGCUUGUGGAGCAUGGCUCACCUCAAGGAUUGCUCUAUUGACGAAUUGUGUAAUUUCUCCAAUCAGAUAUGAGUAGUCGCUUUUCUCGCACAAUCUAUGUUGGGAACCUGCCCUCUGAUGUAAGGGAAUCAGAAAUUGAUGAUCUAUUUUACAAGUAUGGCCGCAUAAUGGAAAUUGAAUUGAAAGUUCCUCCUCGCCCUCCAUGUUAUUGUUUUGUUGAGUUUGACAAUGCUCGAGAUGCAGAAGAUGCAAUUCGGGGUAGGGAUGGUUACAACUUUGAUGGUUGUCGAUUAAGGGUUGAGCUUGCCCAUGGAGGUAGAGGGCCAUCAUCAAGUGAUCGACGGGGGUAUGGUGGCAGUGGUGGCGGAGGUGGUGCAGGAGGAGGUGGUGGUGGUGCUGGUGGGGGCCGAUUUGGUGUCUCACGCCAUUCUGAAUUUCGAGUUAUUGUUCGUGGACUCCCAUCUUCUGCUUCCUGGCAAGAUUUGAAGGAUCAUAUGAGAAAAGCUGGUGAUGUUUGUUUUGCUGAAGUUUCCCGUGAUAGUGAAGGGACUUUUGGCCUUGUUGAUUACACUAAUUAUGAUGACAUGAAAUACGCUAUUCGGAAACUGGAUGACACCGAGUUUAAAAAUCCUUGGGCAAGAUCAUAUAUUCGGGUGAAGAAGUAUGAGAGCAGUCGUUCCAGGAGCCGCAGCAGAAGCCCCAGCAGGAGCAGAAGUCCAAAAAGGGCUAAAAGUAGAUCUUUGGAGCGAUCUGUGUCCAGGUCACGAUCUAUUUCUAGAUCCAGAUCAGCAUCACCAAUCAAGGCUUCAAGGCCACGAUCACGAUCACGUUCACCCUCCCGUUCAGUAUCUCCAAGAUCACCGCCCAAGGUUCUGUCAGGGGAUGUUUGAUAUUUAUAUGAAUGGUGAUCUCCAAAGUUCCAGCACACUUCUGGAAAAUAUUGGUGCAAUGUUUGAGUUGAUUUGAAUUGUUUAAUGGAUGAUUAUUAUACCAGAGUUAUUUUCAUGGUUAUCCUGUAGUGUUUAAACUAGACUAGACUUGCUACUGCCAUUUAGUCUUGUUUCUAUUGAACAUGAAUGUCGGAUAUUAGACUGUUUACAGUAAUACUUAGCAUUUUACCAGUGGUAA